AUGGAGGAGAUCCAGACUGAAAUUGUAAGAGAUGGGAUAAGCGACUUAAUUUAUACCAAAGAAGCUGAUGCAAAGACCAGAUUCCUGAAGGCCAUGCAAAAUUAUGAGAAAUUGUGGGCUGAAAAAUCUCGUUCUAGAUGGAGGGAUCAAGGAGAUAGAUGCUCAAAACUUUUUCACAUCUCAGUGAAGAUUCGGCGAAUGAAGAACUCCAUUAAAUCUCCGAAGAUGGUUGAUGGGACCCUGAUCUCUGAUAAAGAGCAGAUCAAGGAAUACGUCACGGGAUAUUAUGAGCAUUUUCACAAAGGUACUCCCCUUACCAAUCAUAUGGAUUUAUUGCAAUGCAUUCCAAAUGUUUUAGAAGAAUGGGAUAGAGGUCGAUUAGAUGGUAUUCCCUCUGACACUGAGAUCAAGAGUGCAGUGUGGGAUCUUGAUCCAGAUAGUGCUCCUGGUCCAAAUGGAUUUCCUGGAGCUUUUUAUAAAUCAUGUUGGGACAUCAUAUCUUCAGAUGUGUGCAAGGCUAUCAGGUGGUUUUUCAGAACCGGUUUCAUGCCUUAUGGAAUUAAUAAUAAUUUCCUGAUCCUUGUUUCUGCCAGAAUAUCAAUUCUUCUAAAUGGUGGCCUUGUUGGAUACUUUGGUGUGGAGAAGGGUUUGAGACAAGGAGAUCCGAUCUCGCCAAUGCUGUUUAUAAUUGCUGAAGAGGUUCUUUGUAGAGGCUUAUCUGAGCUCCUAGACAAUAAUAGCAUUAAAGCUCUAUCGGGUCCUCGUGGUGCUAUUAUCCGUACACAUAUUCUAUUUGCUGAUGAUGUAUUUAUCUUCUCAAAUGCAUCCAUCAGCGAAAAAAAAGCGAAGGACUCUAGUGAUGACGUGGAGGGGUCUGAUUCUGGUUUUGAAUCAGAAUUAGAAUCUGAUUCAGACUAG